AUGACCCAAACCUCCGCCGCAGUAUCUGGGGCCCCAUCUAGCCACAGCAAAGCAGAUAUUGGGCGUUUCUCCGAUGGCGAUAAGCCCAUUGAUGCAGCUGUAGAUCCGGACGUAGUGGACUUCGAUGGGCCCGACGAUUCGGACAAUCCUAUGAACUGGUCGCCAGGCAAAAAGGCAGCUACAAUCGGCAUGGUGACGGCAAUGACACUAUUCUCGCCAAUAGGUUCUACAAUAUCUUCCGCCGCGGCAGAAGACAUCAUGUUGCACUUCAACUCAACCAACGACACACUCUCGGCUUUUGUGAUGACAAUUUAUCUGUUGGGCUGGGUGUGCGGUCCCAUUAUCAUCGCACCGCUCUCCGAGCUGUACGGGCGCGCCAUUUUGUACAAGGUCUGCAUCGUCCUAUUUCUACUAUUCAACGUGGCAUGCGCCGUAGCUAAUAGUCUCGGACUGCUGAUUGCAUUCCGACUCUUGGCCGGCAUCGCCAGUUCAUGCCCCGUCACACUCGGCACGGGCACCAUUGCAGACAUGGUGCCACAUGAGAGGCGCGCAGGAGUCAUGGGAGCAUAUGUUAUCGGCGCCGUUCUGGGGCCGUCCAUCGGACCUAUCGUCGGCGGGUACCUGACUCCCGUAUUGGGAUGGCGAUGGGCGUUCUGGUUGAUAGCCAUUGCGUCUUCUCCUCUUUCACUUGUCGUGGUCCUGUUUAUGCGCGAGUCGUACCCAUUCGUCUUGCUCCAACGCAAGACGGCGCGUCUGCGGAGAGAGACGCUGCGGAGAGAGACGGGAAACCUUGAGCUUCACUCUGCUCUCGACACUGGCAAAACGACACGCGAGCUAUUUAGUUUCACCAUCUUUCGUCCAUUGAAAAUGCUCCUACUACCUAUUGUCUUUCUGGUAUCGCUCUAUACCGCAACCGUCUACAGCUACUUAUACCUUUGCUUCACCACUUUCCCACGAGUCUUCGGUCUUCAAUACGGUUUCGGGAGCGGUCCCUCUGGCUUGGCAACGCUUGGGCUGGGUUUGGGCUCCCUAUUGGGAGUAUUUUUCUGUGGCAGCGUGUCUGAUAGGCUAUCUGCGUCCCUAGCCAAGAAAAAUGGUGGCGAGAUCAAGCCAGAAUAUCGACUUCCCACUACUCUAAUAGGUGGCAUCUGCGUGCCUAUCGGGCUUUUUUGGUACGGCUGGGCAGCUGAGAAAAGGUUGCACUGGAUCUUACCUAUUAUUGGGACAGGUUUCCUUGGUGCGGGCAUGAUGAUAACUUACAUGGCCGCCACCCUGUAUCUUGUCGAUGCAUAUACCGCCUAUGCUGCUUCGGUAACAGCGUCAAAUACCUUUUUCCGCUGUCUUUGUGCAGCAUUUUUGCCGCUCGCUGGUUCUGCAAUGUACGAUAAGCUCGGCGUUGGCUGGGGAACUUCGCUUCUUGGCUUCAUUGCUGUUAUUUUUCUUCCGCUUCCUUUAUUCUUUUUCAAGUACGGCCAAAGAAUUAGGGAGUCGAAACGUUUUCGGAUUGAGUUUUGA